GGGCGCGGGAUGCCGGCGGGGGCGCGCGCGGGGCUGUGAAGCGGGGCCGCUCUCCGCACCGGUCCGCGGGGCGCUGAUGAGCCCCCUGCUCCGGGAAUGAUGGGGGUCCUGGCGGCGGUGGGGCUGGUUUUCUUCUCGGCUGUGUGUGUGCAACCAGGGCUCUGCUCCCAAGCCAAAUUCACCGAGUUCCCGCGGAACGUGACGGCCACGGAGGGGCAGAACGUGGAGAUGAGCUGCGCCUUCCAGAGCGGCGCCGCCUCAGUCUACCUGGAGAUCCAGUGGUGGUUCCUGCGCGGGCCCGGGGACGCGGCGCCCGAGGGCGGCCUGCAGGCGGAGCUCUUGCCCGACCGAGACCCGGACCUGGACGGCACCAAGAUCAGCACAGUGAAAGUCCAAGGCAAUGACAUCUCCCACAAGCUUCAGAUUUCCAAAGUGAGGAAAAAGGAUGAAGGUCUCUACGAGUGCAGGGUGACGGAUGCCAAUUACGGGGAGCUUCGGGAGCACAAGGCCCAGGCCUACCUGAAGGUCAACGCCAACAGCCACGCCCGCAGGAUGCAGGCCUUCGAAGCCUCGCCCAUGUGGCUGCAGGACGCGAAGCCUCGCAAGAACGCCUCCGCCGCCCUCCCCAGCCUGGCCCACAGCUCUGCCAACCAGCGAACGCACUCCACCUCCAGCCCGCAGGCCGUGGCCAGGAUCCCCAAACAAAGUCCGCAAUCAGGUGCGAGGAUAGCUACAAGCCAUGGACUUUCUGUCCUGCUUCUUGUUUGUGGCUUUGUGAAGGGUGCUUUGCUUUGAUCUAAAGUGCUGACUUUUUCCAAUAUCACUUUCUCUUCUUAAAGCAAAGAGCAAAUCGCCUGUAAAACCUACGGAGCGGACAGCAAAGCUGACCCUAAACUCCAAGCACCACCCAGCACCCUCUGUACUCUAAUUACCCACACCAGGAGCUCCUGCUUCCAGAAGCAUAAAAGAAGAGGCUAUCGCACUCUGUUCCUAAUGUUUUCUUUGGCAAAUCACUGGUCUUUCAUUUCAAGAGAAUUAGUGUGAAGCGAUAGGACCUUUUCUGAUAGCAAGACUUUUUCUCUUUUCUUUCGGCGAAUAAUAUCAUCAUCUCUCUGACUGCUCAGGGGUUGGCCAAAGUCAUCGUGUAGCGAAUUUUUACUGUGGAUACCACUGAUUUCCUCCCAAAGGACCCACUGUCAGCCGCAGAGAAACAAACAGAUCAGAAGUCUACAGGACAGAAACCAUUAGCCAACAAAACCCCUUCUGGGCAAGAACAAAGUCAUCAGUGCUGCAAGUCAACAAGGAGAAUGUUGUCUCAAACACGGGGUAAUCACGGAAAGUUUUCUUUCAAACCUUUUUCUUGGAUUUUUUUUUUCUUCUUUUUCCUGAUCCCAGUUCUCAUUCCAUGGUGGGGAGUCCUGCUCAUGGCCAAUCCCUGUCCAUCUUGGGAAGUUUCUAUGAGUACAUUUUGAGCACUCUAUGUUUUGAUGUAUUUUAAUUCAUUUUCCAAUUGUUGUAUAUGCAGACCUCACAAAUUCCGUAAAUUGCUUAUAGUAUGUGUGAUACAACUUCAAAGUAGAUAGACUAUGAGCCUCAUGCAAGCUGAUUUUUAUCAUUCUAUAUAUAAAUAUACAUAUAUGGAUAUCUCUAUGUUGGGCCACCAACCAACUUCUUUUGAUAAAUUGUUUAUUUUUCGUUUAUGAUCCAUGUACUGUGAAUUUCGUAGUAGAUCCUUUCAUCUCCGCAGGUUUGACAGCUUCAGCUUCAAAUGGUCCGUGUUGUCCUCUGCUUCCUCCUGGGAAAUGUGUAUUCAAAACUGUAUCCAUCCGUCUCUGACAAAUGAAUUAAUUUUGUUGUGCGUAUGCUACGUUGGAAUUUACUAUGUUCCUUUAUGUAUGAUGUUCGCCGAAGUCGGGAGCCUCCUGACUGGAGAACACACUGGUUUUGACAGCUACAGCUGUGUUAUUGUCAUUCUGUCACUGUACAGCAAGGUCCCUUCUAGAAAUUUUGUCUCGGGGCAAAUGGGGGGAAGCUGACCCCUUAGUCCCUGCAUUCAUGGAAGAAACUUCUUUGCUAUGGCUAAAAUCUGCUGCUUCCUUGACUUGAAUUUUUGUAGCUUUGUCAUUCUGUUAUUUGCUGCUAAUUAUAUUUUAAUGUCUCCUAAUUAAAAAUUAAAAUUUGUUGCUGGCUAAAUACAGUAUGCAAAUGAUGACUGCAGACCCCUCCCAAAGAUGCUGUGUGUUCUGUGUUCACUAGUUAAUGAAUUAGGAUUUCAAUGUUCCAUCUUUAUGUUUGGUUUAAUAAUAAUUCAAACUACUUUAUUUAGAACAUGAUUUUUACUCUAGCAAAGAAAGACAGAACUAUUCAUGUGUUGCACAUGCACCAGGGAAUAGGGAGGACUGGAGUGAGCAAUGUUCUAAGUUUCCUCCCAGAGCAGCUUCUGCCUUCUUUCUGUACAAAGCCGGAAGCUCACCUGUGCGAGGCCUGUCUCCCCGCUUCAGCCCUAAGCAGAGGGUGGGAGGGCAGUGAAUGCUUCGGCCACUCAACGGUGAAUGCAUUGACUUUCUGUCUUCAGUUACACAGUGUGCAUAUUUUCAUAAUAUUCUUGAGAUUCUCUUCUGAGAAAGAAUGUUUUAUGCUAUGAUUUUUUCUUGCCAUUUUUCUUGUUAAUUUGGUUUAUUAUUUCAGUCUGAUGAGAAAAAUAAAAGUUUUGAUUGCGCUAUUUUAUUAACUUAGGAAUGUAUUUUCUUUGAAAGAUUAAUACUUGUAAAUGCAUAAAAUAAUAAGAUAAAUGUCAUCUGUGAGUCUGUCUGAGCUUGAAGGAUGGCAUACAUUAAAGCAUCAGCGUUCUGAUUCGACUCAGUCCAGCUGGGAGAAUGCAACAGAUAACAGGCCUUCACUCAGAGUCCAGGAAAUGAGAUCGCUCAGGACCGAGCAGCACAGAUUGGUACCAGAAUCCACAGUUUCACCAUGGCAGGGACAGAUGCUGCUAUGAGAGAACACGCACUAGACUUAUUGUAUCAGUGUUGAAAAUAAUGUAGACAUAUUUGUCACUGUGCUGCCGAGUCUGACUCACUGGCCGCAUUGAGCAAAAACAUAGCAUGCUAAACUCAAAAAAUUAAUAUGGAGUAUUAAAUAUUAGAAUGGAAAUGGUAGCACAUUAAGGAGACCAUCUAGUGGUUUGCAUCUAAUCUUCUAUCUCUUUGGGUGGUGACUGUAUGUUAUGACUAUGGAAAUGAAUAAAGGUUGAAAAUAA